GUCUGUAUGUAACAGUGUGAGCCAGCGUGGCGAAAUAAUCACACUUGAUUGAUCGAACACACUAUGCUAUGUUUGACAGCUGUCAAUGGUUGUCAAGCAUUGGUACUUCCUAAAGUGGGGCCUGUUUUCCUUGGAUAUACACUGAAUUGGUGGUCUACAAUUCCAGGAAUCUGGAACUAGUGUUCCUCACGAUGUUGAAGAUGUCAUAUUCGAAGACCAUGACAUCCAUUAAUGCUGUGCGAUGAGUUACAUCAGCCCCAGAUCUCUGAAGUUACUGGAGGAUAUUGUAAAUGAGAGCGACAAUAGAGCAACAAAUGACGAUUUGGUGGAGAGUUCCCACCAGUCGGCAGAUCUUGGCAGUCGAGUAGAAAACAUGACUGAACCACAGACUGGAAAUUUUGAUGAUACCCUCAAUUUCUUUGAAAAAUUGGAGAGAGAAAAUGGACCUGUAUCCAAUGGUCAUGUUCAGAACGGCCAUGUUGAGAAUGGAGUGAGAGAGGAGGGUGAAGAAUCAGAAGAAGAGUCCUACACUGUGAAUGAGUUCAGUGAAACCACUGCAGACACUACUUUUGAUAAUGAUACUAGCUCAAGUUCACUACCUCAGAGACGGAGAGGUCGUGGAACGAAGGUGACUCACAAAAAAGAUUUUAAUCAGAAUUAUUUAUCAACAAAAACAUCCUCUCUGCGUGAAGGGAGUACUGAUAGAGACUCUGCAAGCGAUAGAAUCGAGACAAUGAGUGAUAGUGGACGUGUUGGGAGACAGCAGCGGAAGCUGAACAAACGGGCCCAGAUGCGCGAGUUCCGGACAAUCGGUUUGGAGCCGUUAGAAAGUGCUGAGGAGAGGCUGGAGCAGAAGUACAUGGAGUUGCAGCAACUUGUGAGUGGGCAGUUCAUGGAACAGAAGGUUGCUUUGACUCAUAAUCACAUCCAGCAGAUGGAGCUGCUUCGACAGCAGUAUGCUAUCGCCAGCCAUGGACUUCCGCCCACUGGAGUGCUGGUCCCACGGAGCAUGCCUGCCCAAUUUCGGAACAGAAGCUAUAACAGACACAAGGGAGAUAAAGAAAACCUACAACAUCCUGCCAGUGAAGAUGAGGCUUACAACACAAUAAGAACUCUUCAAACAACAAAUGCAGGUCAAAGAAGGUCAAGGGCACGGACUGCAAGGACACGACCUCUAUCAGCCACAAGGAUGAAUCAGAGCCGUUCAACAUCUCGAGAACGACAUGAGAAGACACCAGAUAAGAGACCAACAACAGCCAACGAAGAAGGUCAGCAAAGAAGCAGACAAAGAAAGAAGUCAAGAAGUAGGUCGAAUUCUAGAAGUAGGUCAUCUUCAGGAUCACCACGACCAGGUACUGACACGUUUCUGAAAAAUUCUGAGAACGAGUUUGUCAGAGAUUGGGUCAAAAGGAAAGACCUGGAGUUUCGCAGAAAAAGGGCUGAAGAGAAAAAGAGGAAAAGACUAGAAAGAAAAGAAAAGAUUGAGAAACAAAUAGAAAUAGAAGAAAGAUAUAAAGAUUCUAAACUGAUUGUGCAACAGUGGAUGAGACAGAAGAAGAGAGAAUCUUUUAGAAGGAAAAAACAUGAAAAGGCUGUCCUCAGUGAUGAGGCAUCAAGAAGAGCCUAUGAGCGAGCUAAGACGGUGUCCGGCAUUCAUGGCCUGGGGGUGAAUAGACCAAUGUCUGCUCCAGGCCCUAUCAGAACAGAGAGGUCCAAACUCAGAGUACAGCGACCAGGCACAACAGAUGAGGAGGUGCAGGAGAAACAGGAGCAAAUGGUACGAGAAGCAAUUAUUGGCUAUAUUGAAACUGAGGCAUCGGCAGAGCUCCCUCUUGAUGAGGAACCACCUUCACCUUCAACUGAACCUGUCCAACAAGAAUUUCCUCAACCUCCUGUUACCAAAUAUGUAUACCGACGGCCUGUUUUAGGGAAAGUUAGAUUACGUAUGGGCAAAUAUCAGCAGGCACCAGAGGAGACUAAACCACCUCCUUCACCAGGAAAGAAGCCUAUGGUGAAACCUUUAAGUAAGGAAGAGAUUGAAAGAAACCAAAGAAUAUCGUAUGAUGAUUGGCUGCAGGUGAAGAGAAAAGAAGAUGAUGAGAAGAAGAAGGAAAUGCAGAGACAAAAUGAACUAACACAGUCAGAGCCCAAGUAUGAAAGGCCAAUUCCAGAUCUUGUUCAGAACGCUGAAGGUAAUGUUUUGCAAGGAAGAGCAAUUGCACAGAGGCAUCCAAGAGGACGAGUCCUCAGCCAGGAAGAGCAGGAAGACAUAAGAGAACAAGCAAGAAGAAAGAAGCAUGUUCUGUCAAUUGAAGAAGAAAUCAAUGCCACAUUUGACAUCAGAUCUGAGUCUCCUGAACAGGCUCUGGAUAGAGUGGCCAAAGAUAUUGUCAAGUAUGUUUUGAAAAGCGUCAGUAGUGAUGAUGGUGAAGUAGAGGAGCAAGAGGGUUACUUUGAGGAUGAAGACGAAGCAGAACAUGAGGGCUUGGCUAGUCUUCAUGUUGUGGGAUCAAAGGCACCUAUGUCUAGUAGAGGACGGCCUAUGUCAGCUUCAGCUGCUGGUAUUCCUUUUCCUCAGUCAUCCAAGUCUCCAAGGCGACCAGCAUCAGCUCAACCAAAGCCAGGCUGGACGGGAGAUUCGUCACAGAGAGUACCUUUCCCACCAGACAACCAUUAUCAGAACAAUAGAAUGCUAUUUAACAGUAAUGGUGGUGAGAGGCCAGAGCCUCAAGGGUCUGAUGCAUCAGAUCCAAGAGGGUUGUAUGAUGGACAGGAUCGCUACUUUACAUCUGAGUAUAAUAACGAUGAUGAAAGAUCAGAUGCCCUGGAUCUGAACAGUAUAACAUCCAGCAAGAAGCGUGUGUCUUUCUGUGAGGAGACGACUGUGUUUGAUGAGUCCGAGGUGGAGGAAGACCUGGAUGAUUGGGGUAACCUGGAAGAAGACUCUGCUGAUCUGCAGAAAGCUCGGAGUCUGUUUAACUUCAUGGCUGAAAACCCAGAUUCAGAGGGUGGUGUCGUCAUCACCAAAACUGAUGAAGUUGAUGUUUGAUCACAUGGGAUGUAAGAUCCUUAACCAGAUGCAUAAAAGCCGCCAUACCUGAGGAUUACUCUCCUGAUACAUUGUUCAGCCUGAUGAUAUAAGUACACAACACAAAAGUACGAUUGAAUGAACCAAAAAAGUGGAAAAGUGAUACUUAGAGUACUCAUGGCUUAUAUUAAGUAACUUCACUGUGAUAUUGUUCAUUCAAUUAAAGUAUAUUAAUGCCAAGUGCCCUGAAACCAGAACCCCUGUAACUGAAAGUGUAGCAAACAGCUUUUGGAAUAAAGCUGUACUGGAAUUGAUGGUCUCAUAAGCUCUACAUACACAGUGCCAACAGCAAUGUAGCAGGUGGAAUAUUCAUUUAGCAGACCAAGAACUGCUCACUUUGGAGGAUUUUGAGGCUAAUUAUGAACGAGUCAGUUUCACUAUGGAAGUUAGGGGGCAUGAGGCAAAUUAAUGACAAAAUGCAGAUUUGUUUUUCUAGUGGCUGAAUGUGUAUCCUGUUUAGAAGUGACUUUGGACUUAUCAAUUGUACAAAGUAGAUGUUUCCUGAAUCAACGUGUACUUCCCGAGCCAUAUGCAUCCUUUUGCUGAUGCAACAUGUCGUCUUACUCUAUGCUUGCUUCCACCCUGGCUUAAUGCAUCUUGGUGUGGGCUGCCAUUUGCAGAGGUGGCUGCUGAAAAUAAAUCUUCUGCUGGACUGACUGACUGACUGAGUUUUGGUUUUACGCCGCUUUUAGCAAUAUUCCAGCAACAUCACGGCGGGGGCCACCAGAAAUGGGCUUAACACAUUGUACCCAUGUGGGGAUUCGAACCCGGGUCUUCGGCGUGAUCUUCUGCUGGAAUUCUCAGAAACAAGUGAAGCAACCUGCAUCAUAACAGUUUGUUUUCAGAUUGUUUGGUCAUCUCAUUAGAGUAAAGGGUCAUUUUCAGGUGGUCCUUAGCUCUAGGUCUGGGAUUCCAGACGCAGUUUAACAAAGCGAUCGUAGUGCAAUGACUGUCGUAACUCGCACAGUUUAACUUACGACAGUCAGAGUUUUAUGAUCUCCAACCAGGGUAGAUAAUUUAUGUCUUCCCCUUGCUAAGAGUUGAAGACAAGGACGAGAAGUGGUACAGUGUCUGGAUGAAUUUUGAAUUGGAUUAUAAUGACAGGAAUUAAGACACAGUCAGUUGUGUUGCAUAUUACUGUUGAAAUUGGGUACUCAAGUCCAUGUCAAUUUUUUUACCCUUGAGCGAGUGAAUAUUGUAUGAUGUUGUAUAAGCAAUAUUUCAGCUAUUAACAGCGAGUCUAAACGGAUCUAUAACUGUGGACAUGCUUGUCUCAUAGUUCCAUCAUCUGAAUGAUGUAAAUGACUCUGUGAUAUGUUGUCCGAUUUGCAUCCUUUGUAGUAUAUGCACAAGUGUAUAUAUUGUCAGUGAAAGACAGUUCGUUAAUGAGCUGAGACUUUUGUCUAGUUUAUGUAUUGGAAAUGAUAUCAUUAAUGAUUCUGUUAUAACGAAUGAAGCUUGCUUGCCAUGAUACUCUAUUAGGACAAAUGAUAAGAUGAAAACAUCUGUGAUAAAGCAAUUUUGCUUCUAGAGUGUAGUUUCAUAAUAGAAUUCCGUAUUGGUUAGAGUGCACACGAUGUAUAUACACUUACAAGCCAUGAAAAGAGUAUUACCGUAUUUGGUGGAUUAAGCACUCCGAUCCAGCGAACAAGACAACUGAUUCAAACAAUCGGUAACUAAUCUUAAAGCAGCCCCUCCUAGGACCAAACAUGCACAACAAUCCCUGUUUUUGUCUACAUUGCAUGUCUAAGGACUAGAUAAUUGUCCAAUAACUUAUUUGAAAAAUAAUACUUCAAUUGAUGUUUGAUCAAGUUCAUUACUAUCAUUCAGUGUUUGAAUCUAAUUUAACUAGUUAAUGGUUUUAAGUAUCCACUCAGUCGAUAUUCCAUGCUGUAAGGGUGCAUGUUUUGGAAAAUACAGUGGUAUUCAAGCAAAGUAUUUUCACAUCAUAUUGAACCAGUAAUUAAAUCAUGAAUACACUUUCUGGCUGAUACAGAUACCUGGCAUUGCUAUUGCUCAAUAUUGACUGUUAUGUGUUUCCUUUGGUGUGUAUGACCAAAUAUGAUUCUCUUCAACAUCAGGAUGUUUUGUAGAUUCAGGAUUCAGCAGUUGUAUGUAUACAUAAUGUUCUCUUGUUUGUGUUAAUUUGUGCUUAGUGGAAUCUUUUGUAAGUGCCUUUUUGUUCAUUUUGUCGAAUUAUUUCGUCGUCUUUGUAUUGGCAGCCAUGUUGUCAAAGAGGUCAGCUGUAAAUAUGAACUUUUUUUAGCAUAAUGUAAAUUAUUCUACAUUCUUUGAACAUUAACCAUGAACAGAUGUUAAUUUCCAUUGAAGUUGGUGGUAUGCACAUCAAAGUUGGAUGACAUCAUCAGUAAGGAGAGGGCAUGCUCAAUGGUGAUUUAUGUCAAACCGACACAACCAUUUUGGUUUAAGUAGUAAUCAUCACAUCUAAUUUUAGACAUACUACUCCCCUAAUGCAUUUGUUACAGUUACUCAGUCAUGCCAGGACUGAGUGACCAUAGUGAUAUGUAAGAACUGGGCGUUCUUUAAGUUCUUGUUACUGUAAAUCUUACCAGUUUAAGUGUCUGACGGUCUGUUUUGAAUGAGAACAAUCAGACUUACUGGGACUGCUAGUGUUGGCCAAGUCUUGUCCAUCUGUACCCUUAUGGAGCCCGGUUGUUGGACCCUUCUCCCUAGGUACUCAGUCAGACCACUCUUCUGUUCUGGGGGUGAUGUAACUUCUUUUUACUUUAUAUCUUAUCAGUGUCUGAUAAAGUCUGUUUUGAAUGAGAACAGUCAGACUUACUGGGACUGCUAGUAGGGGGUGAAACCGUAUACCGCAAUAUUAGUAGAACUGCGGUAUUUUGCCUUUGGUUCGAUGAACCGUAAUGCAAUAAAAAAAAUCAGUAUUUUCGGUUUUCGUACCAUCAUUUAUUAAGCUUUUAAAACCUUUUUAAAAUGUCUAGAAAUCAAAUCAUUUUGUCAAAUUCUUUGCUAGACGGCUGCUAUUUUCCUGGAAGUAAGUUCCCAUAUACCGAACCUAAAUGGACCGAACCGAAGGCCCUGUACCGCAAUACGUACCGUACCGUGGUAAGAGCGUACCGUUUCACCCCCUAACUGCUAGUAUUGGCCAAUGUCUUGUCCAUGUCAAAAGGGAUAAUGGUUGAUAUGUACUGGUAGUGAUGCCUGUACGGAUGAACGGAGAGGUUCCAGUGUUCUC